AUUAGAAAAGCGAGGGCGUAUUCGAUAUGUUUGUAACGAUACCCCUGACUUGUAUUGAAAUUGUAGGUAGAAGGGUUGUAUAACUACCCUUGCUCUGCAAAGGCCUUUGGGCACAGGGCAAAGAAUUUGAGACCAAGUGAUUUAUUGAUGAAAUAAUGUCUAGUUUCAUUCACUGAGUAAAGCAUUAAGCGUUGUGUUAAUUAUAUAGCCGAUCUGCUGUACAAGUUACCUGUAUUUUGACAUUACCGGUGAUGGAUCAGGAUGUGUAUCGAUUAAAUACUAUCGGCAUUUCUUCAUCAAUGACUAAGACACGGGCAUUUACAUACAACGCAUCUGUGUUUUUUCCUAAUGAGAAACAUGUUGUUUUCUUUUUCAUCACAAAUUUUAAGAUGUAGCGCAGAGAGAUCUGGAUAACUUUUCACCAGCAUGGAACAUCUUUUAUUGCACCCCUAUGCCUUGAAUAAUAUGCAUUAUUAAUGUAAGCAACGUCUAGGUAAGAAGAUGGACGACCAGUAUUCCAGCGAUUCGGAUGAGGGGGACGGGUUUUAUUCCUCCCAAAAUAAGGACACCUGCUAUCGGUGUCAGAAGCGAGUGUACCCCGUUGAACGAGUGGACGUUGGUGUACUAUUCCAUCGCCGUUGCUUCCGUUGCAGGGUAUGUGGAUUACAAUUGACAUUACGUACGUUCAGAUGGCAGCAGGAUGGACAGCCAGCCGACGUUUAUUGUCAUGGGCAUCUGCCCAAAAUUGUGGGCAUCAUCAACAAGGACGCUAUGGGCAUCCAGUCCGCCCUCAAUGCACCCAAACUGGGCGUUCAACUUAAUGAACAAAUCCGAGGAAGCACAUUUAACCCAGGGUGGCAGUAUGACGCCAAUGCUCUCGAAUUUUCCCACCAACGAGAGUUGAACCUUCAGAAGAAGCUACGGACUUCAUUCGGAACCUAUCAAGAUUUUGAAAGUCUUGGUGUGUUUGUUGCACAAACUGAACUGGAGAGGCGACAACAAGAGGAAGAAGAUCGGCUCUACAGCCAGAUGACACUAGAGAGAAGAAAACGGAUCAACUCUCUGGAAUCCGAAAUAAAGCUGGAGAAGGAGAAAUUUGUCAAAGACCUUGUGACAAACUUUGAAAAGAAAAUUGAAAAGUCAAAUAAAACAGGCUUUGAAAAAGAAUCCCAAAAAAUUGAAGAAGUUUAUAAACGGAAACGGGAGGAAAAAUUAAAGAACUUAGUUGAAAAACUAAGUGAGGAGGAGAAAAUACGAGUUAGUCAGAUGAUAGAAAAGCACAGCCAAGAAAUGCUGUUCCUUAUUGCAGAAAAACUUUGUCUGAGUGAGCUGUCCUCGUCGGAUUCGGAUUGCAGUUCGUCUCCCUCCGUGAACCUCUGUCGCCCUCCUCCGAUAGCUCCGCCGGAGUUCAGGAGAUCCGCUUUGUUUAAAAAUCCAGGAGAACUAGAACACAUCGACGAAAAAGUGCUGAUUAUUGCCAAAACCGAUUAUUCUUCCUUUACGGACUUGGUUAAAAAUCUUAUGCAAGACUGUACAAGUGAUUUGGAGAAAGCCAGGGCUAUAUUUCGAUGGAUUUGCCUUAAGGAUCUGAACACGAUCGAGAUUGACGAAGCAGUGAGCUCCGAGUCACCUCUCGGUAUUCUCCGUGGAAUCAAACAAGGCACGGAAAGUUACCACGAUCUCUUCAAAAGACUCUGCAGUUAUGCUGGUCUUUACUGUGAGAUCAUCAAAGGAUACUCCAAAGGUGCUGGCUACAAACCGGGGUUGAAAUUUGACGGACCAAGAUUCCGAAAUUCCUGGACGGCCGUGUUUCUCGAGGGGUCCUGGUGCUUUAUUAACUGUAAUUGGGGAGCAAGACACGUAAAGUGUACCAAGAACUCCAUGUUUUACUACCGCUCUGACGAGUUCUACUUCAUCACAGACCCAGAGGAUCAUAUUUAUCAACACUUUCCAGACAAUCCAAAAUGGCAGCUUCUUGAAUGUCCUGUGACUCUGACAGAAUUCAUCAACCUGCCAGUUGUGAAAUCUCCAUUCUUUAACCAUGGAAUUAAGUUUGCAAAUCAUUAUGAUUGCACACAGUAUACAAAUAAAGGUCUUGUUGUCCUCCAGUUUAACAUACCGAAUUUGCUCGGGUUUGGAUAUACUUUUGAGGCGAAGGAUUCCAGUCUAACACCAAAUAAGUUAGAAGGCCGGGCGAUGAUUCGAAUCAUUGGACAUAAAGCAAUAUUUACUGUUGCGCCUCCAAAAGCUGGGAAAUAUUACUUUACAAUUUACGUGAAGGAAGACUGGAACUCAGACUCUCUGCAAUGCGCAUGCGCUUUUAGAGUUAAGUGCAGAGAAAGAAGAGAACAUCUCAAAAGCCCCUUCCCUUUGGUGCCAUUUUUUGGUCCGACUCCACUGAUGUCCAAAUUAGAUAUUUCUCCACUAACUCAUAUUGACCCAUUGGUUGUUUACAGUUAUGAUGACGUCUUCCUUCGAUUCCAAGUUCCUGCGAACAUUAUUAUAUCAUAUACCUACCAGUAUCAUGGACCUUUUCAGUGCAAUGUUUCAGACUUCCAAAGGUACACUUUUUUGUCUAAAAGAGAUCGUGACUCUGUCACUUUUCAGACCAGGUGUCCUGUCAUGGGCAAGUACGUCUUAUCUGUCUUUGGUUCAGGAAAUGUGUCAGCGGAUGAAAACAGUGUGCCCGAAGUUCUGUUCCGGUAUCUCAUUGACUGCAAACAACCAGCCAAAGACAAACGACCGCUUCCGCGAGCUUGUCAUCGCUGGCAGGGAAAUUCCUUAAUAGAACCUAUUGUCGGUGACGUUCCUCUGGGUUCUAGGAUGACCUUCAGGAUUUGUGCACCUAAGGCGUUAGAAGUCGCCCUUUUGGCGGGAAGUAUCUGGCAUCAUUUUCGGGGAUUGCCUGACAAUAUGUGGGUUGCCAGUGUCUUCACUGGAACUGAAGAAUGUAAAGCCAAGAUAUAUGCCAAAUUCUCACAAGAAAAAUGUAGAUUCUCGCCACUUGUUGAAUUUCACAUUAAGUGACAUUGUUGAAAUCCAUUUUAGAGACAAUCAUAAUUGUAGCAUUUCAAACAUUGCAAUGUACAAUGCUAUUUCCUCGCAAGAUAAUGGCAGCUUUGUUUUUUACAUUUGAAGUAAAGUUUUGAAAAACAAG